AUGGCCGAAGCAAAGCCCACCGACUCGGUGGCUCAUACUCACUCGGAAGAUGUCGCCAAUGACCAUUUCGAUCUUGAGCAUCAAAAGAAUCUCGAGCACAACAACGAGAAUGGUGUCCAUGGUUUCACUGAAGACGAAAGCACCCUGCCAAAAGGCUACUUCUACAGUCCAUACUUCCUGGGUUCUCUCUUUGCCAUUGGAAUGGGUCUAUGGGCUGGUGUUGCCGGCUUUGCCUAUGCAGCUCCAAUCCUAGGUGUCAUCAAUGCUGACAUCGGUCCCUCUCCAUACUUGUCAUGGGUCGCUAUCGUCUAUACCUUGUGUGUCGCCGUUGGCCUCACUCUCGUUGGCAGACUCACCGAUUUAUUUGGACGCCGAUACUUCUUCAUCGGAGGCGGCGUGCUAGGGACGCUAGGAAGUAUCGUCUGCGCUACGGCUCAGUCGGUCAAUACUCUGAUCGGUGGCAUGACACUGAUUGGAUGUGGAGCUGCCACGCAACUGUCUUUCCAUUUCGUCACCGCCGAGCUCGUCCCUAUGCGAGCACGCUUCUGGUCAGUUGCAGUCAUCUACCUAUUUUCCAUUCCAGGUUCUGGAUUUGGCCCGGCCAUAAGCGAAGCAUUCAUCAACCGAUACCCGGGAGUUGGUUGGAGGGGAACCUUUUACUUUUUGAUUGCCAUCAAUGUCGCUGCUCUUGCCAGCUGGGUAUGCUUCUACUGGCCACCUAACUUUGAGACGAAACAUCAAAAUGCUCGAAAGAUGGACUGGAUCAAAAAUUUCGAUUACGUUGGGACGAUUCUGUAUACGGCUGGUCUGACCCUGUUUCUCAUGGGUCUCUCCCUAGGUGGUGGUGUUUAUCCCUGGGCCUCUGCCCAGACCCUCACUCCUCUCUUGAUUGGCGUUGCCUGCCUCAUUGGCCUCGGAUUCUGGAUAUGGUUCGCAACACCCAAGGAGCCACUGAUUCCAAAGCAUAUUCUCCAGAACGGACCAUUCGUUGCUUCUGCCGUCGUACUUGGGCUGGGAGCGAGCUGUUAUUACGCGUUCGCAAUUAUAUGGCCUCAAAUGGUAGCUGUAUUGUAUGCUCAAGGCGAUCCCAUCUAUGGUGGAUAUCUAUCGAGUGUUGUGGGAGCAUGUUUUAUUUUGGGUCAGAUUUUGGGAGGAGUAUUUGCCAAACCAAUUGGAAAAGUAAAGUGGCAGGUCGUCGUCACUUUGUCUGUUGGUGGCGCUUUGUUGGGGGAUCGAGCCAUUGGCUUUUUGAUUGUCUCAUGCGUGCUCAUUGGCUGGACUGAAUCAGUGUGUUUGACGCUGUUGACCAUUUCAAUCAAAGAUCAACAAGAAAUCGGAACUGCUGGUGGGAUUGGGGCGUCCAUUCGAUCUGGAAUGGCGACACUGUGCCAGACCAUUUAUGUUGUGGUUUUGACUAAUCGACUGGCGACCACUAUUCCAGCUCAAGUCCCAGCUGCGGCAAUUGAAGCUGGUCUCCCAUCGUCAAGUGUAGUCGACCUCCUGACCGCCUUUACAAUCGGAACGCCUGAAGCAUUUGCUGCGGUGCCUGGUAUCACGGAUUCGAUCAUGGCAGCAGCUUCAUCAGCAUAUCAAGCGGCAUCAUCCGAUGCAUAUCAUACCAUCUUCUAUACUAGUAUUGCGUUCACUGGCAUCGGAGUGAUCCUCAGCUUCUUCGUCCCUAACGUGGACAAUCUGAUGACCAAGGAUGUGGCGACGAGAUUGCAACACGACAAAGGAGCGGCGAGAGAUGUCCCAAUUAGUGAGAAGGUUGUCGAAGAUUCUCAGAGGUCCUAA